AUGAGUAGCACAUCGUGUCGACGUCUUGAUGACGUUGCACUUUGGAGCAUUCUCAAAUUGGUGGAUGCUGCCACGUUGCAGAAUUGUAGAAGAGUUAGUACGAAAUGGAAUGGAGAGAUUCACCGGCUCAGUGAUUAUACGAGUAAAUUCAUACCAAGAUCCCUGAUUAUGGAACUCUAUGGUACCAGGUUCAAAAUCACCGUUGGGACACCGAAUGGUCCAAAAGGUUUUGAAGAAGAUCCAAUCAGUUCUAAAACAGUCAAACAAGUGUUCCGCCACGUGGAUCCUCCAAAAACUCUUCUGAUCUUUUUGAGUGAAGACGUUGACUUGGAUUCUUAUGAAAUGAUGAUGAGUGGAAUUUCAGAUGACUGGAUUUCAGGGAUUCGAGAGCUUGAAAUAGUCUACCACAACCCGAACCUACCAUUCUCGAAAGUGCUGAAACAUCUGGAGAAAACACCUAACUUGACAUAUCUGUCACUUUCUCACUAUUGCAAUGAAACCAAAUCAAUCGGAGAUAUCUUUGAAAUGCUCCCAGAAUUGAGAUAUUUGAGAAUUUUCGGAUUUAACUCGAAUGAUGGAAGUGGAUGCUCCAGUGGAUUGAUAUUCGAUGAUAAUGCAAUUGAGCAGUUGAUCAAAAAUCAAAGUGGAUUCAGGAGAAUUCAAAAUAUCGAGCUGUUCAAUACAGAUGUCACGGUUUCAAUGGACAUGAUGAUUCACGCGUUGAGAUAUUUGGCACGUCUUCCAAUUCAUUCGGAUUGCCUCCAGAAGUCUAAAAAUCCCGAAGAAGUGAAUCUUCUCUUCGAUAAUUGUCGAUGGGAUUCAACAAAAGAGCUAAAUCUUCUUGCAUCUAUCAUCCGAAUCUCCUCGAAUUUCAACUUUCCAAUUCAACAACCAAAUGAGAAUAUCUUGAAGGGGUAG